GUGAAAAACUGGUAGGACCCGCAGCGCUGAAGGGUCGCAGGUGGCCUGGAGAGUUGCGGCAGGAAGUGAGCAACGGCCUCCCGAGCCUGGUUUUGUGGGGGAGUUUUCCUUUUUAGAGUUGGGAUCUCCCUUUCUCACGCGCGCCUCUUUGCGCGCAUUGGGAGAGGACGGAGAGCUUUGGGAAUCCUUGGAGCGAGGAGGAGGAACCGUUUGGGUAGCCACAGUUUGGGGGGUUAUUUUACGCAAAUCCCGGGCCGGCUGUGCGGAGGGUUACGACAAAAAAAGAGCGUCUGUGUUGACAAUCGAUAGUAUAUCUCUCAAAAACAAUAAAGCUGCCGUGACCUCCGUGGGGAAGUUGCGAGUGAUUUUACAUUUGAUAAUCGGGUUGAUUUUAAAGUUUGGAUGGUGCUUCGCUACAGCUUGGAGCCUGCGUGCGUAACUAUUGGGAACAAAUAGUUUCUCCGCCUGGCUGCCUUUCUUGAACACUCGGGGAGUAUCUCGCUGCAUGCAGUGGAAUGCCGCUGAGUAAACAUGCAGAGGCUUGUGUUUUUUUUUUUUUUUGUGGUAGUAACUGGUUUUUAGCUGAGCUCCCUCGUUGAAGAGAGAGUAAAUCCAGUAUUCUUUUGUCUGGCGUCUUCUUACAGUUCUAAAUUUGCAGUCGGGGGAAAAAUGUUAUCUUUAAAAGCACUGCUGCCGAUGCAAAUAUAAAGAGAAACAACAAAUGUAAUCUCUGAAUGCCAGUUAUCUGCUUGAGAGAGAAACCAGGACUCCCCCAAAAAACAAAUCCUUAUGGUGAAGCUGGAAAUAUUUGGGAAGAUGGGGGUUCUUGUUUUCCUUCUGAUCUGGAGUUUAAUCUUAAACUUGACCUAUGGACACAGUUUGUUCACAUGUGAGCCUAUUAUUAUCCCAAGAUGUUCUGGAAUGACUUACAAUAUGACAUUUUUUCCUAAUAUGAUGGGACAUUAUGAUCAGGACACUGCAGCUUCCCACUUGAAGCUCUUUCUUCCUCUUCUGAAUCUUCAGUGCUCCCCAGAUGUCCAUGCAUUUCUGUGCAAAGCCUUUGUGCCUGCUUGCUUUGAACAAACACGUGUUGUAAACCCUUGCCGGAGCCUUUGUGCAAGAGUGUAUGAGGACUGUAAAAAGAUGAUAGACAUGUUUGAAAUUGGAUGGCCUAAGGAACUUGAAUGUAGCAGAUUGGAGGACUGUGAUGAAACUGCUGCUGUCACUGCUUCUAUUACUACAAGAGCUCAUAACACAUGGAAGAUCCCAGGGCAGCCCAAAAGGGACUAUGGAUUUUGGUGUCCACGUCAUUUGCAAACAUCCAGUGGACAAGGCUAUAGGUUUUUAGGCAUUGAGCAGUGUGCACCCCCUUGCCCCAACAUGUACUUCAACAAUCAUGAGCUAGAAGUUGCCAAAAGCUUUAUUGGCAUUGUUUCAAUUUUUUGCCUUUGUGCCACUCUGUUUACAUUCCUAACAUUUUUGAUUGAUGUUAAAAGGUUCAGGUAUCCAGAGAGGCCAAUUAUAUACUACUCUGUUUGUUAUAGUAUAGUGUCUCUCGUUUACUUCCUCGGGUUUGUCCUAGGAAACAAAACAGCCUGUAAUAAGAGCGAUGAAAAGCUACAGCUUGGUGAAACAGUCGUUCUUGGUUCUCAGAACAAAGGUUGCACCCUUGUCUUCAUGGCUUUGUAUUUUUUCACAAUGGCCGGAACUGUCUGGUGGGUGAUCCUCACAGUCACUUGGUUCCUUGCUGCUGGAAGAAAAUGGAGCUGUGAAGCUAUUGAACAAAAAGCCAUGUGGUUCCACGCAGUUGCCUGGGGCAUGCCGGGGUUUCUCACAGUGAUGCUCCUUGCCAUGAACAAAGUGGAAGGUGACAACGUUAGUGGCGUCUGUUUUGUUGGCCUCUACGACUUAGCUACAUCUCGAUAUUUUGUUCUCCUGCCUUUGUGCAUUUGUGUCUUGGUCGGUUUAUCUCUCCUUUUAGCGGGUAUAAUUUCUCUAAAUCAUGUGCGCCAAGUCAUACAGAAUGAUGGCAGGAAUCAAGAGAAGUUGAAAAAAUUCAUGAUUCGAAUCGGUGUCUUCAGCGGCUUAUACCUCGUACCUCUAGCGAUACUUUUGGGCUGUUACAUCUAUGAGCAGGUGUAUAGGAAGAUCUGGGAAACCACUUGGGUUUAUGACCACUGUGAUCAAUUCCAUAUACCCUGUCCUUAUCAGGUCCAAACAUUAGCUAGACCGGAAAUAACUUUGUUUCUAAUGAAGUACCUGAUGACUUUAAUUGUUGGCAUCUCUCCAGUCUUCUGGAUAGGAAGUAAAAAGACGUGUUCAGAAUGGGCAAGUUUCUUCAACAGAAAUCGCAAAAGAGAUCCAAUCAGUGAAAGUCGGAGAGUGUUGCAAGAAUCAUGUGAAUUUUUCUUAAAACACAACUCUAAGGCAAAGCACAAAAAGAAACACUACAAAUCCAGUUCUCACAAACUGAAAGUGAUUUCAAAAUCAAUGGGGACUAGCACAGGUGCUACAAGCAAUCAUGGGACUUCAGGAGUGGCCAUUGCUAACCAUGAUUACUUAAGCCAUGAAGCUUUAACUGAGAUCAAAAGUUGUCUGGAAGCAUCUGAGAGAGAAAUGGAAGCAGAGGUCGUACGUAGCCAGAGAGUGGAGGAAGAAGAGUUUCCUCAUAGUGAACAAAGCAUGUUACAAAUGCGAUCCAGCCCUACGGUGCCUGUGCAAGAACAGGAGAGCAAAGCAGACAACAAGCAAGAUAUUGCCAGCUUAUCUGAAAGCAUGAAGAGAGCAGCUGAAGAACGGGGAACUCCUAAAAAUGACAUUACUGAAACUUUUCCACUCCAACUUGGUCAUUCACAUCUCAGUGUUUCCCAAUUUGGCAGUACCAAGGGAUCAGGAUUGCUGUUUGCCCACUCAUCUUCAGAUUCAAGGAAAGCUCACGAGUCUGGUCAUAGCUCAAAUGGUUGAGAAGAUGAACAAAUAUCAAUUUGUCCACGCUGGCUUGGAAUUCUCACCCUUGAAGUCUAGGACCUCUGAGGAGCACCAGGUUAGGAAAAAAAUAUGUUUCGUGGAUAAUUUGAGGUCAAGAAAUGACUCCAUUCUGGGUUAAUACUGCACAUGAGACAUGCAUUGUGUCUUGUAAAUAAGCACACAAACACCCAUUGCACCAAGAAAAAAUAAAAUAAUAUUGUGGAGAGACGCUGCGCACUUAUUCCUUCUAUGGAAUCUGUUACCAAAAAUAAAAGAAGAAAGGGGCAAAUGUGUAAUUUGCUUUAUGUCAAACUCUGGUGAAAAAGUAAACGGAAAAGUUUUAUAUUCUGAAGACUAUUGAAGAAAACUUAAUUGCCUUAAGAUCUUUUUAGUAGUGCUAUUUAUGCUUUAAAAUGGAGUAUGAACUGCUAACCUUUCAUAUGUUGUAGUCCAUCUCCAUAAGCCUCAACUCCAAUUGCCAAUGAUUAAGGAUGAUGUAACUCAUAAUACAAGAACAUCUGUUUAUCCCCCUGUUCUUCAUCUGAGGGAUUAAACUAACAUGAAUUGCUGUGUCAUACAGUAAUAAAUUAUUCAGAGUUUGUAGGAGAUGAAGUACUGGAUACAUCCUAACAGAAUAAAAAGACAAUCCUUCAAUAAUCCCUGAAGAUCACUGAAAAAAAGUUCAGGUAACUAACAACUGGGACUUUCUCAGUGGAAACUAGUGCUGAGUCUGCUCUCUUCCUCCCAUCAACUAUCUCUGGGCUUUUAGUCUUAGAUCUUUCUUACUAUCUAAUUGGGCAAUUGAGUCCAAAAUUUCUGUUGGCUAAGCAAGGCAAUUAAGUGAGUUUUGCCCAGUGGUGAAAUACAAAUUUUUUUACUACUGGUUCUGUGGGUGUGGCUUGGUGGGUGUGGCUUGGUAGGUGUGGCAGGGGAAGGAUACUGCAAAAUCCCCAUUCCCACCCCACUCGGCCAGCCAGAGGUGAUAUUUGCCAGUUCUUCGAACUACUAAAGAUUUCCACUACCGGUUCUCCAGAAGCUGUCAAAACUUGCUAGAUUUCACCCCUGGUUUUGCCCCAUUAUACAACCUUUCUUGCCAUAGUUGUUAAGUGAAUCUGGCUUCCCCAUUGACUUUGCUUGUCAGAAGGUUGCAAAAGGUGAUCAUGUGCAACAUGCAACCAUCAUAGAUAUAUGCCAGUUGCCAAUCAUUUAAAUUUUGAUCACGUGACCACAGUGACUGCUGCAACGAUUGUAAGUGUCAAAAAUGAUCAUAAAUCGCUUUUUUCAGUGCUAUUAUAACUUCAAACGGUCACUAAACGAGUGGUUGAAUGUUAAGGACUACCUGUACUAAAUCCUAAAAUUCCUGCUGAUUAAAUGGUCAGAAGGAUAUUAAGGCUGGAUGAGUGCAAAACAUUUCAAACUUGAAACAUUCCUUUUUUGAGUUCCAAUUCCAAACAGGUUUAGUAUUGGAAAUGUUUCCAGAAUGGUCAAAAAUUGAGUUUCACACUCAAAAUGUUUUGCACUCCUCUGCUGGAGAACCUGUUUCCUCCACAUCAAACUCUUGAUGUUUGAAUUAAAAGUCUUAUGGAGAAAGUCUUGCUGGGCGAAAGGUCAAGACUCAUAAGUGCAGACACUUCAGUUAUAUUGGGAUUUUCUUUGAAUCAAUUAUUAUUUUAUAAUCCUCAGCUUGCAGAUUUGAGCCAUUAGUAAUACAUUAUAGUAGGUUAUACACUGAAAAGGGAAGGGAAAUUGGAAUCAAAAGUAAUUUAAAUCAGCUACUUUUGUAUAGCAUUAGAAUGUUGGUUAUUUUCUAUGUUAUAGAAUGCUUAAUAUCUAGAUACCACCCACAAGUCCUUCAGGGUUUUUGCUUGCACAGAGUUGCAGGGGUGGGAAAGAGAGGAAUAAAUCACUGUUGAGGAAUUUUUGGACUAUAGUUGAAUAUUUAGGGUGCUGCUGCCUUUCAGUCUUGAAUAUUAUUUGACAUUAAUAUAUAUAUAAAUUGUCUUUAAUAAUAUUUUGUAACAUGUUGCCUACUGAAUUUUGAACAAGGUUUGCACACAUUUAUGUGCUAUUUUGGUUUUCCCAGAUAAAGGAUAUUGUUUUACUAAGGAUGUAAGAUUUAUUUCUCACAGACUAGCACUACUAUUGUUUUUGGGUUGUGUUGUUAUCUCUGUAAUGCCUGCAUAAAUGUGACAUUGUACCACAUUCCUUUUUUAAAAAAGAACAAUUUGCUUGAUUGGAAUAGAAUUUGAAUGUACAUCUGAUAGUCCAUUAUAUACAUGGAAUUAAUUUUGUAAUUUUGAUUACCUUUAACUGUUUUAAAUUACAAUUAAUUUUUUUAAAUUUUGAUUACCUUUAACUGUUUUAUUUCCUAGAGAUAAAUAUGUUACCUUGGAAUAUGAGAGAUUAUAAAGUUUUGAUUGUAUGGUUUCAGAAUUUAUUUACUGAAUUUGUGGAUUGUGAAUAGUAAAUCAGAUUUCUCCAUUAUUGUUGUCAGCAGAUGCAGUUUGAAUCGCUUCCAUUUCAGUGUAGAUUCAGCUAAUUUCCAACUACAAUUCUUAAAGUAUGUUGCUCAGCAACUAUUCUGAAUAGUUGGCAAUCUUUUCUCUUCUCUGAAAAUAGGUUUUUACACAAUGGUUUAUUGUCUUCCCACUUUCAAAAUCUUAUGAGAUUUCAGUGUUCAUGUAUUAACCUUUUUUAAAAUUAUUUUUAUGAAUGCAGGUUUGUUCCUGGGUAUCAUCUUGCUGAUUUUAUUUAUCGAGCAUAGAGAGAUACCAUUGGAUGACAGUUUAUUUGAAGCCUUUAGCAAUUCAGGUUUUAAACAUGGUUCAGUCUGCAUGCCCGUUGAUAACUUUAUUGUACAACCAUGUUUUCAGAAGAGGGUUGGUGGGCCGAUCAGCAAAGUAGCAUCAUGUUGUCAUGGCACAAAGAGCACCCUUUUUGGAUACAUAUUAUGAAAUGGACUGACCUGAUGACACGACAGUGCUUUUGUCAUUUUGAUGAGGGCAAAAAGCUUCCGUGGAUGCCCAUGGUCACAUCUAAACAAUCUUCAGGGUGGAAAUUCCUUAGAGAACCUGCUGGGCACGCUUGUUUAGAUACCAUGGAGAUAAUGUGAGAGAUGGUAGAAUACCUGGCAAAGGGAUGGAAGAAAGGGAAGACAUAAAAAAUGAAGAGAUAGUGUCAGUUGAUAGCUUUUAUCAUGUAUGCCAGUGUUUCUCAACCUUGGCAACUUUAUCAUAUGUGAACAUCAACUCCCAGAAUUCCUGCAGUUGGACUCCCAGACAACUUAAAGUUGCUCAACUUGCGUAACAGUGAUGUAUGGAAACUUAAUCCAGAAAUCUUGGGAAGAAGCAUUUCAGAUUUUUUUGAUUUGGAUCUGGUACAGAUACCAGCACUGCCAGUGUUGCUACUGUCAGAGGCUAUUAUUGUUCCCAAUCCUCUCUUCUGAUGGACAGCCUCAUUUCUCAGUUCCAUGAUGCUAAAGAUGGGUUUGCCCAGCAGUUACACUAAGGAAGGCAAGUGUUAAUAUUAUAUAUACUUUUGCCCUUCACAUGUUUUUGCUAAGUAACAAAAGGAUGCAAAACCUACUAUUUGCCAUGCUGUUUACAGUUUGUUUCUUUCAUGGCUGUUUCAUAUUUUGGAAUAAAAAUGCAGACUGCUACUCGUGUUAGAGUUUGUCAAUCUGUAAUUUUCACCUUUAGCAAUAGCACUUAUAUACCACUCCUAGAGUGCUUUACAACACUCUGAGUGGUUUACAAAUGUCAGCAUACAGUAUUGUCUCCAACAAUCUGGGUCCUCAUUUUACCAGCCUCAGAAGGAUGGAAGGCUGAGUCAAUCUUGAGCCCGUCAGGAUCGAACUCCUGGCUGUGGGCAGAGUUAGCCUGCAAUAUUGCAUUCUAACCACUGCAUCACCACAGCUCAUUUUUCAUCUAUGGUCAGAAUUCAUGAACUGUAGUCCCCACCAAUCGGAGCCACUUUUGCAUAGUGGUUAAGAUACCAGACUAGAAAGAGAGAGAUGGGGAGUUCUAGUCUCAUUUUAGUCACAAAAAGCCAGAUGGGUGACCUUGGGCUAGUCCCUCACUUUCAGCCCUAGGAAGGAGGCAGUGGCAAACCGCUUCUAAAAUAUUGCCAAGAAAACUGCAGGGACGUGUCCAGGCAGUCUCCAAGAGCCAACACUAACUCAAAGAUAGAAGCAUGUGGUCACCAUCAUUGCUGCAGGAUUUAGAAUCUGAUGCCCUCCCACUGAUUAAAAGCACAAGUUUUAAAUUGGUUUCCAGUGGGACCUUUUGUGUGGUACUCUGGACCCAUGGCUAUUCCAUCUCCAGUUCCUUGCAGCAUUACCAGGCAGGCUUGUUCUCAUCUCAGAAUUACGUAUAAGGAACUACUUUCACUGGAGGGAAGAAGGAUCUUCUCUUUCCCUCAAUUUUAUUCCUUAUUUUGGUUAGAUUAGAUGCCUUUCUCCCCAUUAUAACUGCUCAGUUGAAUUUGUAGAUCCCUGACAAUUAUGAUCUUAUUUUUUCCAUUGAGGCACUUUGUUAGGUCAUUCAUGAUAACAGAAACAAAUGGUGAAGCUGAUUGUAGGACAUUAACAUCCAUGUACUAUUACUGUUACAUGAAACUGUUGGGUUUUUUUUUUUUUUUGCAUUUGUAUAUUUGUUAUGGUGAUUUUUUUAAACAAAUAUUCAGUCUAGCAUACUUAACGUGACACCCAGCCCUAAUUUUUACAGAAUAAACUUCAUUGAAAAAUACUAAGGUGAAUUCUAAGCAAACAAGGAAGUAAUUCUGUCAAUACACUAUGAUUUUUGUUUUAACUAUAGUAUGCUGAAUUUUGUAUGCAUUACAUUCCUGCAUUUAUAACUUUAACAGCAAAUACUUUAAACAAAGAGUGUUGAUUGCUUAUUGAAACCUUUGUUACUGUCUUGUAGCAGUUCAGAGAAACUGACAUUCCCUAUGACAAAUAAUCUAUUUUUUGUAUACAUUCUAUUAUAUGUAUUUUUAUUCCUGGAUUCAAUAAAGUAUUCUGUACUAUAUAAUGGCA